UUAACCCCCUCUAUAACUUCCUGACCUUCACCCCAAGGCUUCUCUAGGGUUUCUCUGCCCAGUGGCAAAACGACUAUUUGGGCUCAGCUAUGGGAGCCUGGCCUUUGCCUGCCUGCUCCAGCCACUGGGCUUUUAACAUGUGGGUGGUGUGACCCAGGACUUGUUUUGUUAUCUUAGAGCCAGAAGGGGCCAGCUAUGUGGGUAGAAGGGCAUCUUUUCCUGUCCUGCAGAUUGGACCUCCUGGCACAUGGCCUCAGAUGGUGCUUAGGGACUUCCCUAUGGUUCCACUAUGACCCAGAUUUUUCUGCCACUCGUAUUCAACCUGAAUCUCUUGCUGGACUGUCAUUCUGAAUGCUGUGAUUCCUCAGAUUGCGUGGCUUGAGAAUAUGUUCUGGGCUUGGGCUGUCAGUGCCUUGGUGAGCCUGCCGUCUCCUCACAAAGACCCAGUGUUCCCAGGCUCCCCAUCCCAGUCCCAUUAGAUAAUGAGAUAGAGUAGACAGGAUGUCAGUGGGCUUAGGGGUAAGUUGGUGGGACAAUCAAGAGUCUCCUGGCAGCAGAGGUGGUAAAGAAGCAAGGAAGGAGUACCAGAAAGGGGCAUUGCCCUGGGUGAGGGCUUUGAUGUGUACGGGGUGGAAAAGAGACAGGGCAGGAGCCCACUGAUAGGAACUGCUCUCUCUGUUUAUGAUUAACUCUCAGCCAAAGGGGGUGACCUAGGAGGAGGGCUCAGCUAACAGGAACUUUGGACUUGGGUCAAGAGUGUUCAGAGGGCUGGCAUGUAGUCUGCAGGGGAGGACAUGGCUGGGUGGCAGGGCUGGUCUCUGAGGACUCUAGUGAGAUCAGGCAGCUUUGGGCUUCAAGAAGUGUCCUUGGACUAUCAGAUAGCUCAUUCUUACAGCAGCAGCUGUGGGAUUCAUUGGUCCUGAGCCCUCAGAGGGGUGGCCGUGAGGGCCCUCCUAUCUCUUGUCUUACAAGGGCCUCAUUUGUGCUUUCUCCCUGAUAGGCAGCUAUGGGUGCCAAGCAGUGCUGAGAGCUGUGGGGCAUGGCUGCAGCCCUGCAGUUGCUGCCCCGUGUGGCCCGAGCCCCCUUGCGUCCACUCCUCUGGGGGGGCCCAGUGGUCCGGCUGGCCAGUGACAUGGCCUUGGCAGAGCAGGCGCAACAGCUGUUCGAGAGUGCUGUGGGUGCCGUGUUACCGGGCCCCAUGCUGCACCGGGCACUGUCCUUGGACCCUGGUGGCAGACAGCUGAAGGUGCGGGACCGGAGCUUUCAGCUACAGCAAAACCUCUAUCUAGUGGGCUUUGGCAAGGCUGUUCUGGGCAUGGCAGCUGCAGCCGAGGAUCUACUGGGCCAGCAUCUCGUGCAGGGUGUGAUCAGCGUUCCUAAGGGGAUCCGUGCUGCCAUGGAGCAUGCCGGCAAACGGGAGAUGCUGCUGAAGCCACACAGCCGUGUCCAGGUGUUUGAGGGUGCGGAAAACAACCUGCCAGACCGCGAUGCGCUUCGUGCCGCACUGGCCAUCCAGCAGCUGGCUGAAGGACUCAUGGCUGAUGACCUGCUGCUCGUGCUCAUCUCAGGUGGGGGCUCAGCCCUGCUGCCCGCCCCCAUCCCACCUGUCACACUGGAGGAGAAGCAGACACUCACCAAGCUGCUGGCAGCCCGUGGAGCCACCAUCCAGGAGCUGAACACCAUUCGGAAGGCACUGUCCCAGCUCAAGGGUGGGGGACUGGCUCAGGCUGCCUACCCUGCUCAGGUGGUGAGCCUGAUCCUGUCAGAUGUGGUGGGGGACCCUGUGGAGGUGAUUGCCAGCGGUCCCACUGUGGCCAGUGCCCACAAUGUGCAAGAUUGCCUGCAUAUCCUCAAUCGCUAUGGCCUUCGUGCUGCCCUGCCACGUUCCGUGAAGACUGUGCUGGCUCGGGCCGACUCUGACCCCCAUGGGCCAUACUCUUGUGGUCACGUCCUCAAUGUGAUUAUUGGCUCCAAUGCACUGGCGCUGGCUGAGGCCCAGCAGCAGGCCGAGGUGCUGGGCUAUCGGGCUGUGGUGCUGAGUGCAGCCAUGCAGGGUGACGUGAAGAAUGUGGCCCAGUUCUAUGGGCUGCUGGCCCAGGUGGCUGGAACCCGCCUCAUCCCAUCCAUAGCUGGGGCUUCUGCGGAAGAGGAUGCAAAACUCCAUGAGCUGGCAGCCGAGCUCCAGAUCCCAGACCUGCAGCUGGAACAAGCUCUGGAAGCCGUGGCUGGGGCUAGAGGCCCAGUCUGUCUGCUGGCUGGUGGUGAGCCCACAGUGCUGCUGCGGGGGUCCGGCAAGGGUGGCCGGAACCAGGAACUGGCCCUGCGUGUUGGAGCAGAGCUGGGAAGAUGGCCCCUGGGGCAUAUUGAUGUGCUGUUUUUGAGUGGUGGCAGUGAUGGGCAGGAUGGGCCCACAGAGGCUGCUGGGGCCUGGGUCAUGCCUGAGCUUGCCAGCCAGGCUGCUGCUGAGGGCCUGGACAUGGCCACUUUCUUAGCCCACAAUGACUCAUACACCUUCUUCUGCCACCUUCAGGGUGGGACGCACCUGCUGCACACAGGGCUGACAGGUACCAAUGUCAUGGACAUCCACCUCUUGUUCCUGCGGCCUCGGUGAUGGCAUAGGUCACAGUUUGGGAGUCCAGAGGAGGCCUACAAGGGCAGGGUCCUAGGGCAGACAACUGUUGGUUCCCAGGGCCUCACUAGGCCUUAGGGCCCCUCCUCUCCUCAGCCCUGGCUGCUUGGUUGGCCCUCACACCUCCCACUCAGGGCCUCUCUGCUGCAUGUCCAUUCCCCCCAACUAGACUGGCAGGUGGGGGUCCCCUCUACUCAUAUGCCAUGGUAGCAGGUACCCCUGAGGACCAGGACAAGCCCCUUAGCAAGUUCACUGUUCUCUUCUGGGAAGUCCCUCUGUUGAGCCUCUUAGCCUGGGUUUUUUUUCUCUUUCUGUGGAAUGAAGCAAGAGUGACCGAAAAUAAAAAGGACCACAUUAAGGUU